CUCCCUUCGGUGCUGAGGGGCGCGCGGACAGAGAGAGGAGGGCUCUGCGGGCAUCGGGGCCACGCAGCCACCUGUGAGCCUCCUGCAACUGCGGACGGCGGCGGCAUCCCCGGCCGGAGACAGGAGACGCUCGGCGGACCCCGCCCGCCCUCCCGCCGGGCGCACACCCAGGCGCACACACACUCGCACCCGCGCGCACACGCACAGCCAGCCGGCAGCUGCGGCCACAGCGAUGCUCGCCGGCAGGUCGGGGAAGUUUCCCGCCGGCCUCGGCCGCGGGCCCCAGUGCUCUCAGGUGUAGCGCCCCCGCGCGGCGCGGGCGGCUGGGCGUCUCCAAUAUGACUGGCCAGAGCCUGUGGGACCUGUCGGAGGCCAACGUCGAGGAUGGAGAGAUCCGCAUCAACGUGGGCGGCUUUAAGAAGCGGCUGCGCUCGCACACGCUGCUGCGCUUCCCCGAGACGCGCCUGGGCCGCCUGCUGCUCUGCCACUCGCGCGAGGCCAUCCUGGAGCUCUGCGACGACUAUGACGACGUCCAGCGUGAGUUCUACUUUGACCGCAACCCCGAGCUCUUCCCCUACGUGCUACAUUUCUACCACACCGGCAAGCUUCAUGUCAUGGCGGAGCUGUGCGUCUUCUCCUUCAGCCAGGAGAUCGAGUACUGGGGCAUCAACGAGUUCUUCAUCGACUCCUGCUGCAGCUACAGCUACCACGGCCGCAAAGUGGAGCCCGAGCAGGAGAAGUGGGACGAGCAGAGCGACCAGGAGAGCACCACGUCCUCCUUCGAUGAGAUCCUGGCCUUCUACAACGAUGCAUCCAAGUUCGAUGGGCAGCCCCUGGGCAACUUCCGCAGACAGCUGUGGCUGGCGCUGGACAACCCCGGCUACUCGGUCCUGAGCAGGGUCUUCAGCGUCCUGUCCAUCCUCGUGGUGUUGGGGUCCAUCAUCACCAUGUGUCUCAAUAGCCUGCCGGACUUCCAAAUCCCUGACAGCCAGGGCAACCCUGGUGAGGACCCCAGGUUCGAAAUCGUGGAGCACUUUGGCAUCGCCUGGUUCACAUUUGAGCUGAUGGCCAGGUUUGCUGUGGCCCCUGACUUCCUCAAGUUUUUCAAGAAUGCCCUAAACCUGAUCGACCUCAUGUCCAUCGUCCCCUUUUACAUCACUCUGGUGGUAAACCUGGUUGUGGAGAGCACACCUACCUUGGCCAACCUGGGCAGGGUGGCCCAGGUCCUCAGGCUGAUGCGGAUUUUCCGCAUCUUAAAGCUGGCCAGACACUCCACUGGCCUCCGCUCCCUGGGGGCCACACUUAAAUACAGCUACAAAGAAGUAGGGCUGCUUUUGCUCUACCUUUCUGUGGGGAUUUCCAUCUUCUCCGUAGUGGCCUACACUAUCGAAAAAGAGGAGAAUGAGGGCCUGGCCACCAUCCCCGCUUGCUGGUGGUGGGCCACCGUCAGCAUGACCACUGUAGGGUAUGGAGAUGUGGUCCCAGGGACCACGGCAGGGAAGCUGACCGCCUCUGCCUGCAUCUUGGCAGGCAUCCUAGUGGUGGUACUGCCCAUCACCUUGAUCUUCAAUAAGUUCUCCCACUUUUAUCGGCGCCAAAAGCAACUCGAGAGUGCCAUGCGCAGCUGUGACUUUGGGGAUGGAAUGAAGGAGGUCCCUUCCGUCAACUUAAGGGACUACUAUGCCCAUAAAGUUAAAUCCCUCAUGGCGAGCCUGACGAACAUGAGCAGGAGCUCGCCAAGCGAACUGAGUUUAAAUGAUUCCCUGCAUUAGCUGCGAGGACUUGACCUCCUCAAACCCACGUUGCUGAGCUGUUUCUUGUGCCUCUGGCACAGUCCAGGCACAUUAGGGCUAUGGUGUAAGGAGUAUGCCCAGCCCCAAAGGGGAGAGAUGCAUGGGAUAUGCACCCCAGGUUGCUUUUACAGUAUUUAGGAUCAUUUUUAGAGGGUGGUGUGUCUGACACCAUGCCUUUGCACCUUUCAGUGAAAUGACACUCACUGGUCUUUGCAUCGUGGGCAUAAAAUGUUCACCUUUCUGCCGGAUGAGUACCACCUAGAAUGCUAAUUUCUCUGUUCAUUGUGUUCUCUAUCGUAGUGCUUGUGGCCCAGUACUGUCUCAGUUGUUUGUGCUCCUGUU